UCGAAUUUCGUAUACUACACAUUACCAUCGAGACCUUUGUUCCCUUUUAUUUUUUGUCUGUCUCUCACUUUCUCACUCUCUUUCUUUGUCUCUACACUUUUUUUUUUUCUUUUUUUUCUUUCUGGGCUUGUUCCAAAUCAAAAAUGGAAGACACAAACUGUAGCAAAUACUGAUUCUGAGUGAAGAGAAAGUAGUAAGAAAGAGAAAAAAAAAAACAAAAACAAAAAAACAAAAGGUUUUUUCAGUGAUGUUGAGAGAGUGAAGCAAAUAGAGAAGAAGGAAAAAAAUGGAAGGAGCAGAGGAGGAGUUGGAGAGAAGAAGCAAGUUUCUGAGCAGUUUGAUACAGAAGAAGAAAGCUGUAGAACAGCAAGAGAAUUGUGAUCUUCUUAAUGUUAGAGUCAGGGCCUCUGAUAUGCCACUUCCUUUGCAGAAUCAAGCUUUUCGAUGUGCUCGUGACCACCUUGACUCUAUGCCUGGAAAGCUUGAUAGUAAACGCCUAGCUCUUGCCCUUAAGAAGGAAUUUGAUUCAUCGUAUGGCCCGGCUUGGCACUGUAUUGUAGGAACCAGCUUCGGUUCAUAUGUCACACAUUCCCUUGGUGGCUUCUUGUAUUUCUCAAUCGAUAAGGUUUACAUCCUUCUUUUCAAAACUGCUGUUGAGCCAAUGGAUCAUUGACAGUGUUCACAAAUUUGAGCUUUUGUUGCUCUCUGUUUGAUAUUAUAAUUUUCCAAUAUCCAUUUUAUAUGUAAAAUCAUAGACUGCCAAAAAAAUAAAAAAAUCUUUGAUGCUAUAGCGUUUUCUUGUUGAA